AUGUUCCGUCAAGCUUCUCUUUGUCUUCAGCGGCAGGCGCCGCUGAGAAGAGCAGCAAGAACAACAGCAGCAGCAGCAGCAGCUGCAAGUGCAGCAGCAGCAGCAGCAGCAGCAGCGAGGGCAACAGCAGCAGCAGAGACUGCAGCAUUUGCACAGACUUCAGCAGCAGCAGCAGCAGCAGCAGCAGCAAGAACAGCACGAACCCCUUACGUCUUUUUGAGGCCUUUUUGCUGCCUCGCACUGUCGGCUGCCCUGAGCAGCAGCAGCAGCAGCAGCAGCAGCAGCAAGUGGAACAGCAGCAGCAGCAAAAGCAGCAGCAAGAAACAGUCUCUGCUGCGGAAUGUGUCUCCUUUGCGAGUUGCUGCUGCUGGGAUGGAGAGCCAGCGGCUGAAGGAGCACUUCAUAUACCACCGGGAGCAGCAGCAGCAGCAGCAGCAGCAGCAGCAGCAGCAGCAGCAGCGCAGGCGCCGCGUCAAGGGGCUUUCUGCUGCUGCUGCUGCUGCACUCCUUGCAGCAGCAGCAGCAGCAACUGUGCUGCUGGUUAAAAACUGGCAAGAUGACCUCCCCACACAAGUGCAGAAGCUCGAGGAGAAGCUGAAGAAGCAGCAGUACAUCUGA